AGCGCAGCGAGGAGCAGUUUGGUUGUCAGGAAAACAGAAGGAUUUUUUCUUUUUGCUGAAAGUUUGAAGAAACCAUGCUUUGGUUGUCAACGCAUCCUCUUCUACCCCAGCCUUAUAUUCCAUACAGAUAUCUUUCAGCUUGUCCCACAGUUGGAAGCUUUUUUUCUCUGAAGAAGCCUAUAUUGCAUUGCCGCUCAAGCUACAACCUGAAAGAUUACAGAGAACAGAAAGGAUGUGUAUUGCCUUAUGAGGAGAAUUUGAGGCGGAGGCUUCUCAUCUUCUUUUUGGUCUCAUCAGGCUGUUUUCCAACUUUAUCUUCUUCUGCAAAGACAAAGAGUAAGAACCCAUAUGACGAAAAACGGUUACUACAGCAAAACAAGCGAAUACAAAAGGAAAAUAAUGCACCUGAAGACUUCCCAAAUUUUGUUCGAGAAGGUUUUGAGGUUAAGGUGGUGACACCAGAGAACUACAUAACAAGUGACUCAGGGCUUAUAUAUCGAGAUUUUGAAGUUGGUAAAGGUGAUUGCCCAAAGGCUGGUCAACAGGUUUUUCUUUCAAUAUCUUUGAAGGUGACAUUUCACUAUGUUGGCUAUAAUGAGUCAGGUCGCCGUAUUGACAGCAGCUAUAUGCAGGGUUCUCCUGCCAAAAUCCGGAUGGGCACCAAUGCACUAGUUCCUGGAUUUGAGGAAGGAAUUCGAGAUAUGAAACCUGGUGGAAAGAGAAGAAUAAUUAUCCCUCCAGAACUUGGACCUCCAGUGGGGCCUUCCACAUUUUUCAGCUCAAAACAGUUUGAAGUGUUUGAUGUGGAACUGCUCAACGUCAAAGACUGUCAAAGGAGGACGAUAGGUUUCUAUUCGGACGUUGUGUGCGAGUGAUCAGUGAGGCUCUACUUUGUGCUCAUCUGAACACAGGUUGAAUGAAGAAAUCAUAUCUGCAAAGCCUCAAUGACAAUGAACCAUAUUUAUGUUCUCAUUCUAAAUGUUAGUUUAUGAGAUGAUGAAUGUGUUUAGCAUACCUAGUCAUGACCUCAAUUAUUAUGAAAAAAGUUCACUUCUUACUGUA